CUCACUAUAUAUUUAUAUACAUACAGACAUAUUUCGAGAGAGAGAGUGUGUGUGUCUUGUUUUUCUCUUAUUUAUAUUACGCGAAUUGGGGUUCCAUAUUUUUUUGGUCGAUCGAACAAUUGAAAAUAGAAUUACUAUAACUAUUAAGAUCAAAUCUGAGAGAGUGAAAAAAAGAUCAGAAGAAAAAAAUGGGUUUAAUUCCACCAGAACUGAGUUUGGAUUGUAGACCCAAAACUUACAUUCCCCACACGAUUAUUGAAUUUCUUCAAGAAGUUUCGACGAUGGAUAAUAGCGUGUACGAGAAAACGUUGAAGAUUGAAGAUUACGUGAAAAGACUUGAAGAUGAAAUGAAGAAAAUUGAUUCUUUCAAACGCGAGCUCCCCCUUUGUUUGCUUCUUGUUAAUGAUGCGAUUAUGGCUUUGAGAGAAGAAUCUACACAGUAUAAGAAACCAAUUGUCAAACCUGUAUUUGAAGAAUCCAUACCAUUGAAGAAGAUUUCCCUUAAAGAUGAUAAAGUUGAAAUGAACAAAGAUAAUGAUAGUAGAGAAAAAAUGAGUUGGAUGAGCUCUGUGCAGCUCUGGGACAGUGAUCCUCAAAACCCAAAUACUGAUAUUCAUAACAGUAAAAAAAGUUCUAAAUCCGAGCCAAAGAAGAUACCCCCCCAAGGAGGAGAUAACUCAGGAUCAUAUGAUCCAUUUCAAUCUUGUAAAUCCAGGAAUAUGGGAAAGGCAUUUUCCCCUUUCAAUGGGUAUUCUGGAUUUCCCGUGAAAGUGGAUCGGAAAGAAGAUAAAGAUGAUCUACCAGGAUUGACACUUCCUACUCCUGGAAUAAAAAAUCUCGAGGAUUCAAUGAUCAAUGGCUUGUCUUCAAAACCCCGUGAUAACAGUGUCACUUCAUCUAUUAUAGUAAGUUAUCGGUCAAAUAUACACAUAACAUCACAGCUUCAGCAGCAGCAGCAGACUGCUAGAAAGCAAAGGAGAUGCUGGUCACCUGAGUUACAUAGGCGAUUUAUUGACGCACUCAAGCAACUUGGGGGUUCACAAGCUGCAACUCCUUAGCAGAUUAGAGAGCUUAUGCAAGUGGAUGGCUUAACCAAUGAUGAAGUGAAGAGUCAUUUGCAAAAGUAUCGACUUCAUAUACGAAAACUUUCCGAUACACAGACCCCAUCAACGAGUGAAUCUGUUGUAUUGGGGAACAUAUGGUUGCCUCAAGACCAAUAUGGUGAAUCCUCAAAGCAUAGCAGUUCUCAGUCUGGUUCUCCUCAUUGUCCCCUUCAGUUAGGGGGUAGCUCUCGAGGUACUUCCAUGACUCUGGGAGAUAGCAUGGAAGAGGAAGAUGAUGAAAGAUCUGAGAGUCACAGCUGGAAAGUUCAAAUGUCUAAGAAAAUCGAUGUACAGAUGUCCACCAUGAAUUUUGAAGAUAAAAGUAUACAUGGGGAUGAAUUGAUCACUAUAAAAUGAGAUACUAUACUUAUAAAUGAAUCUUUGAAAGUACGCCAAAUUUUGCAGGAUUAGAUUUUCUUUCUUUGUGUUAAACUCAGUUCUUGUGAUUUGCUGUGUCGGUAUAAGGAACUUCAAGUUAAGUCCAACCAUUUAGAAAUGAAAGAUGGCACCACUCUGGGAGCAAACUAUUAGUAUUACUUGGUAUAAAUUUCUGUUGAGAUUUCUUA